AUGGCUGGAGUACAAGGAAGAGAAGUGGGGGAAGUGGAGGUACACGCGAUUCCUUGCAAGACGAGCUACACCGGAGCAGCGAAAGUCUCUUCCUUCUUCAAGUACGAUGUCAAUGAACCCGUGAAAGAAGGGGCGAAUAAAGAGGAGCUCAUUGCCUCCUUCCGCGGGAGAACCCUGCGCGGGGCGUGUAUGGAGCUGCCGUCAGGAUACUCCGGUGAGGGUGCAAGCUCUGUGGGAUCGAUUGAUACUGAUGAUGAUAUCGAGGGUUCAUUGGAGGUUGAAGGGAGCUUUCCGAAGCUGACCUACUGGAAUCAUGAUUUGCCGGCGAGUUCGGCUGACGAGAUACCACGUGUCAUGGAGUGGACAAGUUUAUCUGCUGUUCUGCAUAGUGCACGACCAUAA